GUGACCAUCCCAGGGCAGCUGUCCACUGUCCACUUGCUAUGCCCACUCAGUACUAGCUAAACCUUGAUACUGCUCAUUCCUUUGCCACCAUGUCGAGGCAGCUUAACAUGGACACGGUGCGGCAAAACUUCUGGAAGGAAGAGUAUCUCAAAGAGAUGAUGUUGCGUUACGAAUGGCAGCGCAAGUACGGGACUCUGGUGAAGGCCAAGCAGAAGGCUAAGGCUGCAUCCCGUCUGCCCUUCAAACUGCCUACCAUGCUGCCUAAGGUCCCAGUCUCACUACCACCUGUCUCCAAAACAGCCCCGUCUAAAGCCCCCAGCCCUACUCCAGAACCUCUUUUUCUGUCAGAAAUGUACCCAGUUCCACCUGACACCAAAGCCCUGCUGUAUGAAGGCAUCUCCCAUGACUUGCAGGGGCGCUACCAGUAUCUCAACACCCGAAAACUGGACCUGCCAGAGACGCGUUACCUGUUCCCCAUCACCACCAACUUCACAUAUGGCUGGCAGCUGGGUCCUCCAGCAAAGCAAGAAAUGGUUUCCUGCAAGAUGUGCCGAAUUGAGUCAUUCUUCCGUAAGAAUGGUGCCUUUGCAUUCCUGGAUCCCCGAGAUCUGGCCCUCUGAGCUUGGGCCUGGCAGUGACUUAGGAACCAAAAGAAGAAAUAAGAGGA